AUGGUGAAAAAUUUUUGGCUUUACUGUCUGUUCUGUGGUGCACAAAAUAAAAUCUCUACAUCAAAGUCUCACAAAACAUGCCACAGAGGGCCACAAGCAUUUGACGUUAACACUAAGGCAGUACUUAGUGCCUUGCAUGGACACACCCAACUAAGUGCAAUAACAUCAACAUUAAACAUUCCAUCUUUAAGUCAUGUUUCACUCAAGACAAGAGAACAUGAAAUUGGAAAGGCUACAGAAACAGUUACCCACAGGAGCUAUGCAAAGUUCUCAGAAAUUGAAGAAGAAAAUGCCUUAGAAGGUAACAGUCUUCACCAAAAAGACAGGCAAUAACCACAAGUUUUGUUUACACCUAGCAUAUUAAUCACACUUUUCUGGAAAAACCCUAAACUUGUACUUUAUCAAACCAUAUGUCUCUGCCCUUCAAGAGGGAUGACUUUUUAGCAAACAAGGCAAUCACAUUUGACAAGUCUUAAAGAAAUAAAGAUGAUCUAUUUUUUAGAUGAAACAUAUGGCAGUAUUCAGAAACCUGUUUUAUAAUAAAACAAAUUUCUUUAAACACUUCCAAAUAUUAUUCUGGACCAAGAAUUCAUACAAAUGGUAACACCUUUGCUGCAAAACUAAAUUUUCAAACAAUAGCAACAGGGAACAUGUACAUAUGACCCACCUACAUGUAGAUCAAAUAUUAAUGUUACUACUGGAGGUACUGCUGAUCAAAAUGGUCUAAUAGGAGUUGCAGUUUCAUAUGAUAUGGCCUGGAAGAGAUGUAACAGUGGCCACAGUUCAAACACUGGGCAUGGAGCAGUUAUGGGAUUGUCCACAGGAAAGAUUCUUGAUUUUGAGAUGAGAAGUAGAACCUGCAGGAUCUGUGCUAAUGCUUCCAAAGAGAAUCAAAAGCCAAGAAAUCAUGAUUGUCAUUAA